UUCCCCAUCUUCCUCUGCUCGCUUCCCACUCCGGUCCACUCUGCUCUCUGAGCCGGCAGCAAUGGCGCUCCUCCUCCUCCUCUCCCUGCUCCUACUCUGCGCCCACUCGCCGGAGCCGGCGCUGGCGGGUGACCCCUUCGCCUACUUCGACUGGGAGGUCGCCUACCUGUCGGCCCGCCCGCUCGGCGUCGCCCAGAAGGUCAUCGCCAUCAACGGCCAGUUCCCGGGGCCGCCGCUCAACGUGACCACCAACUGGAACGUGGUGGUGAACGUCCGCAACUCCCUCGACGAGCCGCUCCUCCUCACCUGGCACGGCAUCCAGCACCGCAAGGGCCCGUGGCAGGACGGCGUCGCCGGCACCAACUGCCCCAUCCCCGCCGGCUGGAACUGGACCUACACCUUCCAGGUCAAGGACCAGGUCGGCAGCUUCUUCUACUCCCCCUCCGCCGCGCCGCUCCACCGCGCCGCCGGCGGCUACGGCGCCAUCGUCGUCAACAACCGCGACGUCAUCCCCAUCCCCUUCCCCUUCCCCGACGGCGGCGACCUCACGCUCUUCCUCGGCGACUGGUACCUCAGGUCCCACAGGGACCUCCGCAGCUCCCUCGACGCCGGCGCGCCCCUGGGCAGCCCCGACGGCGUGCUCAUCAACGGGCUCGGCCCCUACCGCUACAACGAAUCCCUCGUCCCGCCGGCGAUCACCUACGAGAGGAUCAAUGUCGAGCCCGGGAGAACGUACAGGCUCCGGGUGCACAACGUGGGCGUCUCCACCAGCCUCAAUUUCAGGAUCCAGGGACACAACCUGCUGCUGGUCGAGACCGAGGGCUCAUACACCUCGCAGCACAACUACAGCAACAUGGACAUCCAUGUUGGACAGUCCUACUCCUUCCUUGUCACCAUGGAUCAGAACGCCACCACCGACUACUAUGUCGUCGCCAGCGCCCGCUUCGUCGAUGCCGGAGACGUCGAUAAGCUCACCGGGGUCGCCAUACUGCAUUACUCCAACUCCCAGGGUCCGGCCUCUGGCUCUCUCCCUGCUGCCCCUGAUGACCAGUAUGACACUGCAUUCUCCAUAAACCAAGCAAGAUCCAUCAGGUGGAAUGUCACCGCCAGCGGUGCCCGCCCCAACCCGCAGGGUUCAUUCCAUUAUGGCGACAUUACGGUGACCGAUGUGUACCUGUUGCAGAGCCGGCCGCCCGAGCUCAUCGACGGCCAACUGCGUUCUACUAUCAAUGGGAUAUCCUACAUCGCACCAUCCACUCCAUUGAUACUUGCACAGCUAUUUAACGUCCCGGGAGUGUUCAAAUUGGAUUUCCCAAAUCAUCCGAUGAACAGACUACCAAAAGUCGACACCUCGGUUAUAAAUGGCACCUACAAAGGCUUUAUGGAGAUUAUAUUCCAAAACAACGCCACGGCGGUGCAGAGCUACCACUUGGAUGGAUAUGCAUUCUUUGUCGUCGGGAUGGACUAUGGAUUGUGGACUGAGAAUAGCCGGGGUACCUACAACAAAUGGGAUGGUGUUGCACGCUCCACAAUCCAGGUAUUCCCCGACGCUUGGACUGCUGUGCUCGUGUUCCUGGACAAUGCAGGGAUAUGGAAUUUGCGCGUGGAGAACCUGGACAGCUGGUACCUGGGGCAAGAACUGUACAUAAGCGUGGUGAACCCGGAGGAGGACCACAGCGACAAGACGCCGCUUCCUCUACCAGAUAACACGAUUUUCUGCGGCGCGCUCUCGAGCCUACAGAAAGAACAGUCUCAUAGCGACGCCGUCCGCCGCCUCACCCAGUCCCAGGCCGUGCUCCUCUUCACCGCGCUCGUCACCCUCCUCUCCUGGCUCGCCUUCUGCGCCGCCGCCAGGCUCGCCGGCCGCGACCCCACCGGCAACAAGAGCCUCUUCCGCGCCCGCUUCUGGAUCAGCCGCCUCGACUGCCUCUUCCACACCCAGCACUGGGCGGCUGACCAGCAAGUGCUCAAGAAAAGGAAGACAGAGCUGGGUGGGAUGUGCUCGGUUGCUGCCCUCAUACUCUUCCUUGGAUUGGUCACUGUGCUGCUGUACCAAGCUAUCAAGAGGCGCAACAUCGAGGUGCACCGAGUCAAGCCGGCCAAUGCUCCUGAUCUCUUGGCUUUCGUCAACGACAUCGAGUUCCACAUCACCACCAUCUCGAGCAUGUCCUGCUCUCAGGUGGUCAAGCCUUCGACGAUCGCGAUGGGGACGCCCGGGUUCAUGGACUUCAGGGUGCUGCCUCUCUCGACGCUCUUGACCUACAGUUGCCAGAACACGAGCCAGGGGCCGUCUAUCACGCUCAAGUGCAGCGGCUGCAGAAUGCCUCCAAGAGACCACUACGUGUCCUGGCAGUUUGUUGACCUGCCGAGGCAACCGGCACUAGCUGUUGGCUUCCAGUUCAACCUGACUACCAAGCAAACCGGAGACGAUGAGCACGUGAGCUUUGUCAGUGGGACCAUAAACUCUGACAACUAUGGUGAUGAGAAGCUCAAGACAUUCAGAGGGACAGACUCCAACGUGCUCAAGAUUCAGCUGUUUCCCCAGAUAUACAACAAACUUAAUAACCUGAAGCUCUUGCAGCCACUGCUUCAGGACUUCACUCCAGGGUCUACCUUUUCGGAUGUCACGAGCUUGAAUGCUUCCCUGCAGAACCCUACCGAUGGAGUAUUAAACACUACACUCUACAUAAGUUAUCUUUCAGAUUACAUCGUGGAGAUUAGCAAUGAAAGUGUGUUAGGCCCAGUCAGUAUAAUUGCGAGCAUUGGUGGCCUUUAUGCCUUCAGUAUAGCAAUAUUUCUCUGCCUCAUGUCUCAAUGUGAAGCUAGGAUAAAGAAGCUCCGUAAUGAGGAUACAAGAAUGCUGAAAAUUCUGAGCAAAAGGCGAGCUCAACAGAAUUGGGAUAAGGUGAGGAAGUUUGUGAUGUAUACCUGGGGCCCUAGCAACUUGGAUCCAACUGACAGAAGUGGCAAGUGGCCUGAAGCUUCAAUGAUGGAUUCUCUCCAUGGGUCCUUCCACAAGAAAAGAAAACCGACUAGACGAGCUACCUCGAUUGCUACCAGAACGAUGAGAGAACAUCCUGAUGUGGGAUCAAUUGACAUCGAAAGAGCUGUGUAAAUGCAGCAUUAGACAACAACCUUGAGGCACCUGUAUGGAAGAAACAACAACCUUGAGGCACCUGUAUGGAAGAAUCCUGCAGGAAGAAGUUUGUAUUGGCUGAGACACGCGACCAGCCAUACCGGAGAUUCUUUUGUUUCUGUCAAUGUGAUCUAUGGCAAGGCAAAAAUUGUACAGCGCUAGUAGGUAGUUUGUAAAGUUGCAAAUAGCCUUAUUUCAUUGGACGGGCAUGAUUAUUUUUCUUGAGCAUAUGAUGGAUGGAUUA